AGACUUUGAGCCAGCAGCAAGGGAGUGGGUGGCCUGUUUAGCUAGACCCAGAUGCAGCUUGGGUAAGAAGGGAGGGGCGGUGUCCUGGCAGCCCCUUCACGGGCAGGGUUGGAACAGGCUGCUGGCUAGCUGGGACCUCCCUUUGCCUCUGGCUGAAGGGACCAUGGACUAGAUGGGAAGACCGUGGGUAAUUGGGGUUGCAGGAGAGGGCUCCCGUAUGGGAGGGUUCUGCAGAGUGCCUUCCCCGCUUAUGCCCCCUUCUACCCUGUUGGAGCCUUCAAAGAAGGCCCUGUGUCUGAGACCUCAGGCCUAUGACUGAGCUCUUAUUCCACGUGUCCCCUGCCCUGAUCCUUGGGAAGCUGAGGGCGGGAGCUGCAGGGGCCAGAGGGCAGGUUCAUGAAACAGCUGUUCUGAAGCAGGAGGAGCAGUCUGGGGGCCUGGCUGCCCCAUCCCCCAACCCUGCUGUGACUGGCUGGGCUGGGAGGGAAGGGGCACGUGGCAGAUCCCCAGGCCAGCAGUAUUGGCACUGGGCAGAGUCUGGAGAGGAAGGAGGUGCUUCUGGCAGGUGUGUGGUGCCUGGUGCAGUAUCUUAAGGAGGAGGCACUACCUGGUCCUGCAGAGCCUCGAUUGGGUCCAUAUUCUGCUGACUUGCCCUUGCUAGGACCCUCUCUGGAGCUUCUAAGGACAUUCAAGACUAAGGUACAGAAGCAUUAAGUCCCCAUGGCUUCGCUGAGUCGAGCCCUACGCGUGGCUGCCACCUGUCCUCAAGGGAGAUCUGUUCGGAACCUGGGGCUGCAGCCCCUAGCCAGGGAUGCCCGGCCCACUGCCGAGAAGAAUGUUCCUUACCAGCGGACCCUGAAGGAGGAGGCACAAGGUCCCUCGGUGGUGACCCAAGGACCAACCCAGCCUCUGCCUAGCUCGGCCGAUGUUGUAGUUAUUGGCGGGGGCAGCUUGGGCUGCCAGACCCUGUACCACUUGGCCAAGCUGGGUGUAGGCCGAGCAGUGCUGCUGGAGAGAGAGCGACUGACCUCUGGGACCACCUGGCACACAGCAGGUUUAUUGUGGCAGCUGCGGCCCAGCGAUGUGGAGGUGGAGCUUCUGGCCCACACACGGCAAGUGGUGAGCCAUGAUCUGGAGGAGGAGACCGGGAUGCAUACAGGCUGGAUCCAGAACGGUGGCCUCUUCAUCGCCUCCAACCGGCAGCGGCUGGAUGAGUACAAGAGGCUCAUGUCGUUAGGCAAGGCCUAUGGGGUAGAGUCCCAUGUGCUGAGCCCAGCGGAGACCAAGGAUCUGUAUCCAUUGAUGAAUGUGGAAGACCUCUAUGGGACACUGUAUGUGCCAAAGGAUGGUACCAUGGACCCUGCUGGCACCUGCACUACCCUCACCAGGGCAGCAGUGGCUCGAGGAGCUCAGGUCAUUGAAAACUGCCCAGUGACUGGCAUCCGCACGCGGGUGGAUGACUUUGGAGUGCGGCGGGUGGCAGCUGUGGAGACAGAGCAUGGCUCCAUCCAGACACCCUGCGUGGUCAACUGUGCAGGAGUGUGGGCGAGCACCGUGGGCCAGAUGGCUGGCGUGAAGGUUCCGCUGGUGGCCAUGCACCAUGCCUACGUUGUUACUGAGCGCAUUGAGGGCAUCCAGAACAUGCCCAAUGUCCGAGAUCACGAUGCUUCUGUCUACCUCCGCCUGCAGGGCGAUGCCUUAUCUGUGGGUGGUUAUGAGGCCAACCCCAUCUUUUGGGAGGAGGUAUCGGACAAAUUUGCCUUUGGCCUCUUUGACCUGGACUGGGAUGUGUUCACCCAGCACAUCGAAGGUGCCAUUAACCGUGUCCCUGUGCUGGAGAAGACAGGGAUCAAGUCCACUGUCUGUGGCCCUGAAUCCUUCACGCCCGACCACAAGCCGCUGAUGGGGGAGGCUCCUGAGCUCCGUGGAUUCUUCCUUGGCUGUGGCUUCAACAGUGCAGGCAUGAUGCUGGGUGGUGGCUGUGGGCACGAGCUGGCCAAUUGGAUUGUCCACGGGCGCCCGGAGAAGGACAUGUACAGCUAUGACAUCAGGCGUUUCCAUCACUCGCUUACGGACCACUCCCGUUGGAUCCGUGAGCGCAGCCAUGAAUCCUAUGCCAAGAACUACUCAGUUGUCUUCCCCCACGACGAGCCACUGGCGGGACGCAACAUGAGGAAAGAUCCCCUGCACGAGGAGCUGCUUGGACAAGGCUGUGUGUUUCAAGAACGACAUGGCUGGGAACGGCCAGGAUGGUUCAAAGCCCAAGAAACAGCUCCGGUCCUUGACUACGACUACUAUGGAGCCUACGGAAACCAGGCGCACAGGAACUACGCCUACAGCAGGCUGUUGGGGGAUGAGUACACUUUUGACUUCCCACCCCACCACCACGUGAUCCGGGAGGAAUGUCUGGCCUGCCGACGGGCUGCUGCUGUGUUCAACAUGUCUUACUUUGGGAAGUUCUACCUGCUGGGGGUGGAUGCCAGGAAGGCCGCUGACUGGCUCUUCUCAGCAGAUGUCAACCGACCCCCAGGCUCAACUGUGUACACGUGUAUGCUGAACCACAGGGGAGGCACGGAGAGUGACCUGACUGUCAGUCGCCUGGCCCCUGGCACCCAGGCCAGUCCCCUGGCCCCUGCCUUUGAAGGGGAUGGUUACUACCUGGCUGUGGGCGGAGCUGUGGCCCAACAAAACUGGUCCCACAUCACAACAGUUCUACAGGAUCAGAAGUUCCGGUGCCAGCUUAUGGAUGGUUCUGAAGAUCUGGGCCUGCUAAGUAUUCAAGGCCCAGCCAGCCGUGCCAUUCUCCAGGAUGUGCUCGAUGCUGACCUGAGCAACGAGGCCUUCCCCUUCUCCACCCACCAGCUGGUGAGAGCUGCAGGGCACCUGGUCCGGGCCAUACGGCUAUCCUUUGUGGGGGAGCUGGGCUGGGAGCUGCAUGUCCCCCGCGAAUCCUGCUUACCAGUGUACCGGGCUGUGAUGGCUGCAGGUGCCAAGCAUGGCCUCGUCAAUGCAGGCUACCGUGCCAUUGACUCCCUGAGCAUCGAGAAAGGCUAUCGACACUGGCAUGCAGACCUGAGGCCUGACGACAGCCCUCUGGAGGCAGGAUUGGCAUUCACCUGUAAGCUCAAGUCCUCAGUGCCCUUCCUUGGCCGCGAAGCCUUGGAGAAGCAGCGUACCACAGGCCUCUACCGGCGCCUGGUAUGCCUCACUGUGGAAGAGGAGGUGCCUAUGUUUGGCCUGGAGGCCAUCUGGAGAAACGGCCAAGUGGUGGGCCAUGUCCGGAGGGCUGACUUUGGGUUUGCUGUGAACAAAACCAUCGCCUAUGGCUAUAUCCGAGAUCCCAGCGGUGGGCCGGUCUCUCUGGACUUUGUGAAGAGUGGGGAGUAUGCCUUGGAGAGAAUGGGGGUCACCUAUCCCGCCCAGGUUCACCUGAAGUCUCCCUUUGACCCCGACAACAAGAGGGUGAAGGGCAUCUACUGAGCUGUAGGGUGGAGACUACAGCUGCUCAGGCCAUCGGAAACCGCCACACACCAGUACCGCCUGCCAACUCCCGCACUGCACAAAUGACCCUGUGGCCUGAGACCCAGGACAUGGGCAAAACAUAGCCUUCCCUACCCUUAGCCUCCAUCUGGUCCUGCUAGCCAUCCCAGCUCCUAACCAGGACUGGAUGGACCACGAUGUUGCUCCUGCUCACAGACCACACAGUGGUCUCCAACCUACCCUAGUCCUCCCCAAAAUGCACCCUGCAGAUGUCUUAGCUCAGGGUCCCCAUGAGUAUCUCAGAAUAUCCCCCAAGAUAGGAGCCAGAAUCCAGAAGCCUCCCCUCCUGUUCCACACUCAGCUGACUGGCAAUAUGUAGCCCGAGCACCUGAAGAAUAGUGAAUCAGGGGACAGUAAGCAGGGAUUGAUGAGCAAUGUCUGCCUCAGGUAUAGGAUGGAGAGCAGAGAUAUUUGCUGGACUGGUGCAGUCCUUCCUCAGGAUGGCUGCCUUUUAGACCAGAGAGGAGAGGGUAUUAGAAAAGUUCUUGCCAUAACCUUCUGGGUCUGCAGGAGAGAAAGCCCUUCUGAGAGUCACCAGCCUGCAGCAUGGGGGCACAUGGCAUGGGAUUCGGAUCAGGACCCUCCAUCACUUACACAGAAGUACAGGCUUCUGUCUCAGUUUCCCCGGAAGCCAUUGCUCAUAGGUCCAGGGACACCAAGCUUGCUGUUAGGCACGGACCUUCUGCAAGGCUCAUUUCUAAGGACCUUUGCCUUACAGAUGCAGCCUGCUCACCCUGCCUCUGGAGAGGGCACUGCUCUAGCUCUGCCCUGCGAGUCAGAGCGACUCCUCUCACCUUGUGUGACCAGCUACACCUACCUGCGUGUUGGGAGUGACCCUGUUUCUCUUCCUGGGGUGAACAUCUGUCACUUUUAUAUAGACCCAGCCUUCCUCCUCUGCCUCACACCCUUUCUUAGAAACUAGGGUUCUGUAACUGACCAAACAAAGGUCACCAUGUAGUCUUAUAGUUUAUGCCUUGUAGUCUAGGAGAACAGGGGGCAAAGGCUAGGGCAGUAUGGAGCUGGGCUUUCCUAAACCCAAAGAAGGCAGCAGAAGGGAAGAGUUGGGCACGGUUGUCCUGGGUGGGCUCUGAAUCUUCCCAGGCUCACACACCACACACUGAGCUGGAAAAGGUCAAGCUAAUAAAAUUGAAGCCAUGGAAA